UGAGGGAGGGCACAGCUGGAGAUGCUGGGAGAGGGUGGGAGAGCUGGACUGGGAAUGUGAUGGUGCCACAGUCUGUGUCCUGUCCCCAGGGAUUGCCUCUCUGCCCGGCGUCAUGGGGAGCUGCUGCAGCUGUCUGUGCACAGACAGCAUCCCAGACAACCAUCCCACCAAAUUCAAGGUGACCAACGUGGACGACGAGGGGCACGAGCUGGGCUCGGGGGUGAUGGAGCUGACGCAGAGGGAGCUCAUCCUGCACACGCACAAGCACCACGCUGUCAGGUGGCCCUACCUGUGCCUGAGGCGCUACGGCUUCGACUCCAACCUCUUCUCCUUCGAGAGCGGCCGGCGCUGCCACACCGGGCAGGGGAUUUUUGCCUUCAAGUGCUCCCGAGCAGAGGAGAUCUUCAACCUGCUGCAGGACCUGAUGCAGUGCAACAGCAUCAACGUGGUGGAGGAGCCCGUGGUGAUCACCAGGAACAGCCACCCCUCGGAGCAGGAGCUGGCCCAGAGCCCCCAGGGCCCCAGCAGUCUGGGCUACACUGGACUUCCCAAUGGAUUUCACAGCUUCCCUGGAGAAUCCCUGUCCUACUCUGCAGCCCGGCACCCUUCAGUGAGCAGCCUGAGACAUUCCUCUGUGGGGGAAGACUCUACCCACCCCCUCCUGGGGCCUGAGGAGCAGUCCCACACCUACGUCAACACGGCCACCGGGGAGCCGGAGCCGAGGGGCCGGCACUGUAUGCACUCCUUGCCUGAAGCCCACCCUCCUUUCCCCCCUAGGAACCACAGCUGCUCCCUGGAAGACCGAAACCCCCAGGUCUUCCUGCAGCCAGGGGAGGUGAAAUUCGUGCUGGCUCCCAGCUCUGGCUACCGCCGGCUAUGCCGGCACCCCCGGGAAUGCCGGGCGCGUCUCUGCCCUCCCAACAACAACAACAACGAGUGUCGGGAGGGGUGUCCGUCCCCACAGUGCGUCUAUGAGAACCUCAACGGGCUGGUGGCCCCCGGCAGCUCGUCCCUGCGCCGGGCUGGCCGCUCCAAGGUGUGCCAGGAGGACGGGAGCUGCUCCCGUCGGCGCUCGGCGCUGCUGCACUACGAGAACCUGCCGGCGCUGCCGCCGGUGUGGGAGCUGCAGCCAGCCCGGCACGGGGACGAGGACGCUGGCACGGCACCCACGCCGUCGCCAAGUGGCUUCUCCGAGGCUGGAGAGGAGGAACCCCUGCAGAAUUCCACGGGCUCGGAGAGCUCGGCCCCGCGGCCGCGCCGUGCCUUCCUCCCCAGAGCCCGGCGCGGCCGCCUGCCCGACGUCUUCAGCUUCGACUUCCCCCGGCCCUGCCCGGAGCCUCCACGGCAGCUCAACUACAUCCAGGUGGAGCUGGAGCCCGAACCCCGCGAGGGACGCGAGGAGCCGCGGGCGGUGGCGGCCCCUGGCAGCCCCGGUGCCCGCCGCACCGACUCGUACGCCGUGAUUGACCUCAAGAAGACGGCGGCCAUGUCCAGCCUGCAGCGGGCCCUGCCCAGGGACGAUGGCACCUCGAGGAAAACGCGGCACAACAGCACUGACCUGCCCCUGUGAGGGCCCCAAGUGCCAGCCCCGUGUCGUGGCUUUGUCCCUGUCCCUCCCGUGCCGUGUCCCUCCCCGUGUGGCUCCCACUCGCCGUUCCCUGGGAGCCCGGCGUGGCUCCUGCAGCUGCUGCUGUUGAGGCUCGUCCGUCCGUCCGUCCGUCCGUCCGUCCUCCCCUCUCUGUGUUGCUCGUUUUUUUUUUUUUUUUCCAAGCCUUGUGGGAUGUUUGGUGACUCUGAGGGUUGAAUUCUGGUCGGGAGGUGCCAGCGGUGGUGUGGGCACUCCCAAAAGUGAGCUGCUUUAGGAGCUCCGUGCUGAUGGAGCCCGUUCCCCGUGGAUUUCACAUCUCCAGGAGAGCUCUGCAGUGAGGCCACUCCAGAGCUGGGGUUUGCCUUGUGGUUCCAGAUGUGCCUGCAGAUGAGGGAGCUCACGCCAUGGCCUUCCCCCCCUCAGCUCACUGCUUGUUCCUGAAGCUUUUUAUCCUUCUGUCCCUGUCUCAGAUUCAAUUUCAAUUGGGCAGCUGCAGUUAAACGAGGAGGACGCAGAGCCAUGGGCACACACUGUGAUCACAGAAACCUGAUUGCCUAAAUCCUUAAAAUUCCUUUCCCUGCUUUAGAAGAGAAGGGAAAGGCCACAGCCAUGAGGGAGAUUGGAAGUUUGGUCUAGAGAACUUGUGCCAUACCCUGCUUUAGUUUUUUUGGGUUUUUUUUUUUUUACGAGGGUUCUUUUUUGGCAGCUGCUGGGAAGUGCUGUGGGUUUAUUUAUUUGUUUACUUAUUUAUUCAUGAACUGCUCCUUUGCAUCCCAGUUCAUUGCCAAACUGGUGCCAGUCUGCUCUCUCCUACUUUGGGACGGGGCGGUGGGGGGUGCAGGUCCCAAAAGAACUCGGUGGCUUUGCUGAGCCACCAAGUGGGGGAAAAUCACUGUGGAGAAGAGCAGCUGGGAAUGAAGAGUUUCUGUACUCGGGGCUGACUGUCACGGGGUGGGUGGGAACUGGGAGACGUGGGAGUGGGAGAGGAGCCACCGGGCAGCCGAGCUUGGAGUGGCAUCAAAGUCACUGCCCAAACCCACGUGCCUGACUGGGGCUGGGAGCAGCCUCUGUUCAGUGUCAGGAGUCAAUGUGCAGUUUGUUCCCUCAACUACACACCUGGAAGGGCUAAAAUUCCAGGUAAAUUUGUGGCCUUUUGCUGUGGAUUUUUUUUGUCUCGAUGCCGGGGUUGUGCUGAGCUGCCCUGGGAUGUCCCUUUGCCCUUCCCCGUGGCCUUUCCUUGGAUUUCUCUGUGCCUGUUCCGAUGGAGAGCCAUGCUCUGGGAUGCUAUGGAGUGCCCUGGGGU